CUAGCCUCUGGCUAGCAUUCAGGAUUCAGGCCGAUCGUCGCAGAAGGAAAGUUGGAGAAUGCGGGAAGUUGUCUCAGCUGUAUUGCGUGCAAAACAGGAAGGCUAUUCCGUCCUUUCUACUCAAAACCGUCAACCGGACGUCUCCGAGCUCAAAGGGCUGAUAGGAAGUUCUUCCAAUGAGUGCUGACGGGUAUUACGCCCUACUUGUCUGAGAAGCCAUAAACCAUCGAAGGGUCAAGGAAACGGACAGUGACGUACACUGGGGAUCAAAUGCCAAGAUGCGGACAGCACCAGAAAGGCUGUCGUCGCCUCAUCGGUCUACUCAGCAACUUUUUUGUGAGGAGCAGUUUGCCUGGUUUCACGGACGCAUCACCCGAGAAGAUGCUCAAAGUCUCCUCCUCUCUGAAAAUGGUGGCAGAGGAGAGACUGGAUCCUUCCUGGUGCGCGAGAGUACUUCCUCACCAGGCGACUUUGCACUGAGCGUAGUCCACGAGAGAGAAGUACUCCAUUUUCAAGUUCGACAACACAUCUUGGAGCCGUGCUACAGCGUAGACGAUGGGCCAGUCCUUUGUGGCCUGGAAGAAGUGGUGUCUCAUUACAGCACCAGCUGUCUCGGAGGGCUCGUGUCUCUAGGCAAUCCCUGUCCCGGUGGUGGGCCUCCACCACAGGGGUGUCGUAGAGCAGGGAGGUGCACCCUUCUCCACAGAGCUGUGUCCCUCGGAGAUGCCAGGGUGGUCGGGGAACUGCUCCACUCCGGAUACCCCGUGGAUGCUAGGGACCCCGAAGGCCGUUCUCCCGUGCACCUGGCUUGCCUUUAUGGUCAGGCAGCACUUCUGGAGCCACUAGUCAGGUUUGGGGCUCCUUCUAAUGGGCCAGACACAGCAGGGCUGUCGCCUUUGCACUAUGCCAGCCGUCUGAAGGACUCUAGCCUAGCUGCAAUCCUUCUCAAUGUGGGAGCGGAUGUUCAGGCACGAGAGGUGGCCACGGGUCGUGUUCCUAUGCAUGAGGCUGCUGAGAAUGGCUGUCUCGAUGUAAUCAAGGUCUUACUGAGCUUUGGUGCUGCUGCACGACCACGCACUUUGGAGGACGAGACACCGCUUGACCUUGCACUCAGAGGUGGACACAAGGAAUGUGCUCAUUUUCUCAGUGUGUUUCAAGAAGCUCCUUCCCACACUUGCAAAGAAGACUGGUUGCAUACAGAUGUGAAUCGUGAGGAAGCCGGCCACCUUUUAAACGGCGAGCCAGAUGGCACUUUCCUGGUACGUCCCAGUCGUGGUCGCCCAGGAGCUCUUGCACUUUCUUUAACUGCUGGAGGGCAGGUUUAUCACUUUGAAGUGCGCAACAAGGGAACAUUUUUCUACGUAGACAGUGGUCCGUUCCUAGACUCCCUCGAAGUUCUAGUUGCCUACUACGGCAAAUUUUCGGAUGGACUGCCGAGUAGACUGCUUUGUCCCAUUCCUCCAGCAGCUCCACGAAAGGUACAUGCAGAGUGGGGCAUUUUUUCUACGGGUUCGAUGGAGCGUCGUCGUCUCAUCGGUGCUGACGUCGUGGUGGCUCCCAAGGAUGAGUGCCGGAGGGAGUCAACUAACCUCAUAGGAAAGCAUGCAUUGAAACUAGGUCCAUCUUUGGGAGAAGGAGAGUUUGGAUCUGUUCUACAAGGUCUAUGGAACAGUGACCAAGGGGAGGUAAACGUGGCCGUAAAGAUUCUUCGAGAAGAACAGCUUGGUGGCAGAGAAGGCUUCUCACGAGAAGUCGGCGUAAUGGUUGGGCUUUGCCAUCCCUGUAUUGUCCGACUCCUCGGAAUUUGUCUCGGUCCUCCGUUGAUGAUGGUUCAAGAGUUGGUUCCACUGGGAUCCCUUCUACGGUUCCUCGUGGAGCAUGGUCCAGAAGAGAUCUCAGUAGAGCGAGAGAUGCCCCUGUGGGGAGCACAACUAGCUGAAGGCAUGGCAUACCUCGAGGAACAGAGGUUUGUUCAUCGCGACCUAGCUGCACGCAACGUACUGCUUGCAUCUCGCACACAGGUGAAGAUCAGUGACUUUGGCCUUUCUCGUGCACUGGGAGCACACGGGGACUACUACAGAGCCACGUCUGGUGGACGCUGGCCUCUCAAAUGGUAUGCACCAGAAUCGGUCAACUUUGGCACGUUCUCCCACGCGAGCGACGUCUGGAGUUACGGCAUAACCAUGUGGGAAGUGUAUUCAUUCGGAGAACAGCCCUACGGAACCCAGACGGGAGCCCAGGUGGUAGCGCGGCUAGAAAAAGGGGAGAGACUGAAACGACCGACGUCCUGUCCCACUUGGGCCUACACCAUCAUGAGGCAGUGCUGGCAGUGGGAACCUCAGAAACGUCCCUGCUUCACGCAGCUUCAGCGGGCGUUCCAACGACAUUUCGCCUCGAAUGGACGUUCAAAUGCGGAGAAAGGUGAUCUGGCACUGGCGGACGAACUUUCGCUCGCAGCCGACUUUUCGCUGACCCUGUGAUACCUGCUACUGGUCAGAUGGCACUUUGGAACAGUGAUCUGAAAGAAGAACGCUUCUCUCCCAAGGAAAGACGGAAAGAUAAAGUGAAUUACGGUGCCCUGUCUUUUGGACGCGUGAAUACUCGCCAACUCUUGGAACUGUGGUGUUCCUUGUCGUGUGCGGACUCGUUGUGUUCUUGGUAAUCCGAAAAUAAGUGUUCAGGGAGGACUGAAGCAGUUUGACGACCUUCAGUGGCAUUGUUAUUGUUGCUGUUUAUAAGGGUACAGAGGUUUUGCCAAGCUGUUGUUGUUGUUGUUGGAAAUGCGGUCCCUGAAACGUGGUUUCUGGACUCGAAAAGUUUUUAUUCAGGGAGACGAUCCCGAGUUGUUGAACACCUCAGUAGGGCUUUGUGCAAAAGAAACUUUUAUCAGUAUUAAAAAGCAGGCACGUUUUUAACAAA